AUGGAGGCCGCCGGAGGUGGGGAGGCGGCGGCGGGGUCGGAGGAGCAGGUGAUGAGCGAGGUGCCACCCCGCUUCUCCGGCCUCUUCCUCUCCCGCUUCACCUUCUCCUCCCGCCCGAUAGACCCACCCGGAGGCGACGGUGGUGGCGGCGACGGCGAGCACAGCAGUUGGCGCGAGCUGGUCGCAUCGACGACCAGUUCAUGUGAGCGAGCGAGCGGCUCGCCUCACGCUGUCGCUGUCGCUGUGGACGACGACGGGGAUCUCCUUCUCCACCGGAGAAGGAGGAGGAACAAAGACAGGAGGAGAGGCGAAGACCAUGUGCUCACCGUGCAGCACGGCGUCACCUCUCCGCUUCGGAGCGUCGGGCUUCAGGUUUGGAAGGCCGCGAUGCUGCUUACUGACUUUGUGUUGCACAAGAGCUUCACGUCGUCUGAAUUCGACGGUGUUACUGCCAUGGAGAUCGGCGCUGGGACAGGUUUGGUAGGGUUGGCGCAAGCUCGAGCUGCUGGAAGAGUUUUCAUUACAGAUAGAGGCACUGAUAUCCUCGAUAAUUGCCUGGCUAAUGUCCGUCUCAACUCUAGCAUGCUAAAGUUUGAUGAAGCUAAAGUCCAUGUACGGGAACUGGACUGGAAAAUGUCGUGGCCUCCGCCUGUGGGUACACACGAUGCAUCUGAUCCAAGUUCGAUAUACUCAUGGUCUGCAAGUGAAAUCAAGGAAGCUGAGCAAGCCACCAUGCUAUUCGCUGCAGAUGUUAUUUACAGUGAUGAUCUCACCGAUCUGUUCUUCGACACAGUGAGGCAGUUGAUGUCACGUGGUGCCAAGAAGGUGUUGUACUUGACCCUGGAGAAGAGGUACAACUUCAGCCUGGACGAACUAGAUGUCGUGGCCAAUGGUUACAAGCAUUUCCAAAGCUUCUUCGUGGCUCAAGAUGGAUGUGGAGGACAGGAAAAUUCUACAUUAAAACCAGGCCUUGUAGGGGAGCAGAUAGAUCUUGCGAGUGUUCCUCAGUACAUCAGAGAAUACAACAGAGGCAAGGAUCUGGAGAUGUGGAAGCUCAUGUAUUGGCCAGACUAAAAUAGCAUUGUUGGUUUACAAAUUUUAGACUGUUUAUGUUCAUGCUGUCUGGAAAUUAUGUGUUGCCAGUAGGAUACACAUCUUCCUGUGGCUGCUGCUGGCCAGUAAGCAGCUUAUGACCAAAGACAACUUGAUGAAAAGAAACCUUGCAAGGUCUGAAGAUUGUCCAUUUUGUUAUGACCAUGAAUCUAUUCAGCAAUCUUUUCUU